CAUCCCAUCGUGGAGCGCCAGUCUGUCGCUCAUCGCUUCCAGGAAUCGAAUCAAGGAGGUUAUUUGAGAAUCCACGGACGGCGUGGCUGCUGUGGACCGAUCGAGGUGAGGUCAACUAUUGCGCAAUGAUGACGGGCAAAUCUGUGAAAGAUGUCGACAGAUACCAGUCGGUGCUGAACUCUUUACUGGCGUUGGAAGAGAAUAAAUUCUGCGCGGACUGCGAAUCAAAAGGUCCUAGGUGGUCUUCAUGGAAUUUGGGAAUUUUUAUCUGUAUAAGAUGUGCCGGUAUUCAUCGAAAUCUCGGGGUUCACAUCUCCAAAGUCAAGUCUGUCAACUUGGACCAGUGGACGCAGGAACAAGUUCAGUGUGUUCAGGAGAUGGGAAAUGCCAAAGCCAGGCGCUUGUACGAAGCAUUCCUACCCGAAUGCUUCCAGCGACCAGAGAGCGACCAGUCAGCUGAGAACUUCAUCAGGGACAAGUAUGACAAGAAAAAAUACAUGGAUAAAGUCCUCGACAUUCAGAUGCUCAGGAAAGAAAAGAGCUGUGAGAACAUCCCCAAGGAACCGGUUGUGUUCGAGAAAAUGAAAAUUAAAAAAGACGUCAGCCCGAAGAUAGACUCUGAAAGCGUUACGGACUUGCUGGGAUUAGAUGCACCUGCUCCAUGUCCUGCAGUGUCCAAUGGUGUUCCAAACAGCAAUGAGAGUCCAGCAGGCGCCAAUUCUGCACAGCCUGCCUUGGAUCUCUUCAGUCACCUCUCAGAUUCUUCCUUGUCCUCCACAAACAACACAAGCAGAGUGACCGCCUCUGUGCCUGAAAACCUCAGCCUCUUCUUGGAUCCGGCACCUAGAAAGGCGGAAGGCACAUUCAGGAAGCUGUCCAAGGACUCCAUUCUGUCCCUGUACGGCUCUACACCAUCAGUGCACCAAAGCAGUAUGGCGCCUCCUCACGGCCUGUACAUGAACCAAAUGGGAUACCUGACACACCCGUAUGGUUCUUACCAUUCGUUGGUCCAUGUUGCUGGGAUGGGUGGAACUAUGGCCAUGUCCCAGGGAGCCAUGAUGGGUCAGCAGCAGAACGGCUUGAUGGCAUCUCAGCAUAGAGUGUGCCAAGGCAUGAUGGGACAGCAGCAAAAUGCAAUGAUGGCGCCGCAGCAGAAUGGCAUGAUAGCACAGCAGCAAGGUGGAAUAAUGAUGCAGCAGCAAGGGGCUGGGAUGAUGGGACACCCGCAGGCUGGAGGCUUGUCGUCAUUACCUCAUCAGCAAGUGGCUGGAACCCAGCAGUGGAACAUUGGACAGAUGACUCAGCACAUGUCCGACAUGAACCUGUUCAGUCAUGCUACUGGGAGCACUGCGGCCCCAACUUCAGCGCACAUGACAGCACACGUCUGGAAAUGA